AUGGAAUAUCAUGCUGCAUGGGAGGCAAAGCAUUGUACAAAGUUAAUCCCAGGAAGUGUCAAGGAAUUUACGUCUGCAUUGGUGGUUUACGGGCAUGGGGGAAAGGAUUUCCGAAAGACUUUCAACAAUGUAGUGGAGACUCAGGGUGGGAAUGUCAAUGUCUGUAACGGUGACUUACGUUUCAAAUCCCUCCACUUCCUGCUGAUGGAUGCCAUGAGGCUUUUGAAGGCAAAUAACUGCCAAACUGUGUUUUGUGGGUAAAGCAAAAAGUAUAAGGCACAAGUAGGGUCAGAAGUGCGAUUUGGGAGGUUCACCUCAACGAAGGCCAAUCGUGCCGACUCGGAGGAUGCUGCUUUAGACUGUGGGACCCUUUUCAACAUCACUUCCUGCACUGUAGUCAAUGUAGAUGCCCACACUUGUGACUCAGAAAGCAUUUAGCAGCUGUAAUCUCCAACAGGGGUCUUUAGGGUGGCUGAAGUAUAUGAAGUAGUGAACAAUGAUGAUGAGGAGAAGUACAGAGAGAUUGUUCUGACAACCUCAAGGACUCACAGCAAUCACGACUGUUACCUCUUUUCC